GCAAGAUGGCGACGAGUGUUUUCAGGUUGUGUAGGUGCGGUUCCUUCGUCUGAUGAGCGAUCGUGGUCGCCGUCGCCGUGCCCGUACGCCCGACUCGCGUCCCUCGCGUUGCCAGGUCGUGCCCGCGAGAGGCAGCCCCGAGCGGUGAGCACCUCUCGGAGAAGUGCCCGAACGUCGAACUCCGGGGGGGGGAGGGAAAGAUUCCGAACCUCCCCCGUCGAGCUGCGACUCGCACCCUUGAGACGCGUGUCAGCUGUCAGAUGUUUGUAUACGCGCGGUCGUACGCGGCGCGUCGCGAGCCCGUGGACGGCACGCAAUAGCGGCGUCGAGCUGACGAGACACGGCCGAGUCCUCGUCGAACGGAGCGAGAGAGCCCGGCGCAGACAUGGAGCACCUGGAAGCGUUGGGAUGGUAUCUAUCUGACCACGGUUACGAUGUGGCGACCGAUUCAGGUAGCGUGGUGGACACGCAGAAGAUAGUAAAACAACUGUUAGACCUCGACUUGAGGGAGAUUGGCAGCGGGAACGGGGAUUCCAGUCAGGGCAACAUCGUGUUGCAGAUACAAAAGAUACGUAAUGUAGCUACGCCGAAGGGGAACGAGGAGUCGAAAGCGGUUCCACGGAUGUUAAAAUUAUCGUUGACCGACGGGAAGAAUAACUUUCAAGCCUUAGAAAUUGAACAUAUAUCGGCUUUAAGUUUAAACACGCCACCUGGUACAAAGAUACUGAUAAAGGGAAAUCUACUCGUGUCGCAUGGACUUCUCCUGUUGAGUCCGUCGCAUUUAGUUUGCGUUCUUGGGGGAAAGGUUGCCAGUCUAGUGGAAAAAUGGGAAUUAAAUAAGAAAUUAGCCUCGCACACUCGGGUAAGGUCUGCCGAGGAAGGUGGGCCACCGCCGUGGAUACCAUUUGGUAAAAAGAUCAUAAAAGUGUCGGAGCAAGACAAGAACUUCAAAGCCCUGGCGGACAAAGAAAAACCUAACAAGGAGAAUACGGAGUUUGAAACUCAGCGCAAAGAUGCGAUAGCGGAAGCUGCCAAGCAAGGCAGUAAGAAAGUAUUUGGCGGCGGAAACAAGCAGCUAUUGGAUCACAGCGUACAGAAAAUCGUGGAUCGCGGAUUUACCAUAGAUCAGGCGGAAUACGCUCUGAGAGUGAAUAGAAAUAACGUGGAUAAAGCUCUUCGGAGCCUGCAAAAGACCGACGUCAAACACAAUAGCGCCAAGGAACCGCGAGAGCCGCGUGGCAAACGGGAAAAGAAAACCGAGGAGAGUAAACCGAGCAGCGGAAAAAUAUCCCUGUUCGACUUUCUCGAGGACAAAUUGCCUGUGCAACCUGAGAGCGUCGAAACACUCAAUUUGUCUCAAAACAACUACGUACAAAGUCACGAGAGUACUCAAGAUCGUUUCGAGUCGAGAGGUGUUGAUGCACAAAGUGCAAGAGGUGGACGGAAUCAGAAAAGUGGUCGCGGUUAUCAACCCCCUCCGAGAUACUCGGAGGAACUUAAAUAUAAUAAGCGGACGAGUAACAGUAACUCGAUGUAUUUGCAAUAUAACGGUGCUAGUCAUGCGCCGCAGAACAAACCACCGCGAUUUCAACGUAACCAGGAGCCUCAGUAUCAGUAUCAACACGACGGAGGUAGAGAAGCGUAUCAGAAGCCCUCUCAGCCGAACGAUUACAGAAAUACGUAUGCCCAGUCGCGCACAAGUAACGUAAACGCCAGUGAUAGCGGUAACGAUAACAGAAUCCAGGCUGAGGGAAAGAAUCUCGGUAGUAACAGAAACUAUAAUCACCUCGAGCCCGAGGCGAGAAAUAGGCAUUCUUAUGAUGCUUCUUAUAAUAGGCAUAAUCGAGCUCAACAAAACGGCACCCCUAAAGUAUAUUCGUCUAACACAACUGAACAGAAUUUUAAGAGUCAACCUAGAUAUCAGUCAAAUAGCAACGUCGGGAAUAGGAUGGCCAUGAAUCCCAACGUGCAAAGAAACGAGAGUAAUUACGGUAGCCACAACGUCAACAGUACAUGGGCAUGGCAAGUAGGUGACAAGUGUAUGGCCAAGUAUUGGGAAGAUAAUAGGUAUUACAAUGCCGAGGUCACUGGCGUUUCCGAAAGGACCUGCGUAGUGCAAUUUAAGGGAUUUGAAAACUAUGAGGAAGUGCUCCAGGUGGAUUGUAUACCAAUAACGGACGACUUUCAGAUCCAGGAUUACGUUUCGGAUAUGAGACGGCAGGAUCAGCGUCCUAACAAUCGGCAACCACGUUACGAUCAGAGUCACAAUCACAUAAAUGCAGGUAUGGAAUUUCGACGGGGAGGAAGCGGCGCCGUUGGCGGAAAUAAGGGAUACAAUAAGAAACGAGGUCAGCAGCGAACCGAGCUAACUGCACUGGUUCAGCUACAAAGAACAGACCUCUCUAGUGAGAGGGCAGCAGGGACGCAAUAAUCCUAACCAAAAAGCUGUGAAAAAGAUAUAUCUACGGAUAACGAGAGAUCCAUGAAUAUUUGCGUGAUUAUUUCUGUAUAAUAUCUGAC